AUGGUUUCCUCAAGUUCUGAGCUUCAUCUUGGAGUCUCCAUAGAGGAGGUCAAGCACUUGAUAGAGCAAGGUUUGGAGAACUCACUUGUCCAGGCUGAGACGAGAAAGGGUGAAGAGGGAAAUGCGAAACCCCACAAAUCCCAGAAUGCACUCGGGUGGGCCCGCCCCGGCCCGCCCCUCGUGCGCAGGCGCCCUGGAGCCGCAGGAUUUGAAUCGGCGGCGUUGUUAUUGACGCCAUAUUGGGGCCGGCGGCGGGUGGCAGAGUUGGGUCUGUGGAGAAGGAGAGGGUCGAGUGCAUUGCCUAGCGCUGUGCGGCCGCAGCCACCUCCCAGCCGCCUCGCGUCGCCGCCGCUCGCCAGCUUCCGUCGGCCCCGGCGUGUGGGAGAUCGAGUUUCGGUCGCGCCCUCGAAGUAUCUCCGGAUGGAGCCUUCCCCGUUCGGCGACGUCUCCUCCCGCCUCACCACAGAACAAAUUCUGUACAACAUAAAACAGGAGUAUAAACGUAUGCAGAAGAGAAGACAUUUAGAAGCUAGUUUUCAGCAGACAGACCCGGGUUGUAGUUCUGAUUCACAGCCACAUGCAUUUCUCAUCAGUGGACCAGCAUCACCAGGGACUUCAUCUGCAACAUCCUCACCAUUAAAAAAAGAACAGCCCUUAUUUACUCUAAGGCAGGUUGGGAUGAUCUGUGAACGUUUGUUGAAAGAACGGGAAGAGAAAGUUCGAGAAGAAUAUGAAGAAAUACUGAACACAAAACUUGCAGAACAAUAUGAUGCAUUUGUGAAGUUUACGCAUGAUCAGAUAAUGCGGCGAUAUGGAGAACAGCCUGCUAGUUAUGUUUCAUGAAUCACGCUUUUUGCAUUUGUGGGAUGCCCUGUUCCUUGUUGAGUUGUUGCAGGAGGUCCCAACUAUGACGUGCAACAAUGCCAGUACCCAUCUGUGAAUACAGGUUAUUUCAAGCUUUCGUCAGUGGCAACCACUCUUAGGCAGCAGCAAUUGGUUUUGGAAAUUUCCGUGAUGUCAUUACCACCUGGAUGUGGACCUUUGCUACUUGUAUUAAUACCAGUGGCCUCGUUUUGCUGUAUCAUUACAAUUUGGCUUCUUUAUAUUAAUGUUCGAAAGGGAUUAAAGUUGGCAUCUAGAACAUGCCCUUCACUGGUUAUGUAAAUAAAGCUGUAGAAUGACACGUCAGAUGAAGUUAGUGUGAUUUUAAUUGUGCACUACAUCCAAGCUGUAACCAGUUAUUAAUAAUUUAGAAUGUAAUCCCAGGACAAUUAAGCAGUUAGUCUACAGUACUUCUGUGAAAUAGUGGAGGAGGAGGGCAUUUCUGUAUUUCAGGACUUUCAUUGGGGUUUCAGAAUGGGUUUAUAUGAUUUCCUUUAUUAUUAUUUUUUGGUAGUUCUAUUUAUUCUAUCAGUCUUUUUAACAAAUGUUUAUUGCUGCACCCCCCCACCCCCAGUGUAUCAUUGUUUUACUGCCCUUGUAGCACUGGAGUUUAGUUGGAAAAAUAAAACAUUUACUUCUA